AUGCCCUUGUCGCUGACACGUCCGCUCCUCCUCUGCAUUCCCUUUUUCUGUCCCUCCCCAAUUCCUUCCCUCCCCGACUCCUUUCCCCCAUUACUCCUCCCGCCCCCCUCUCCCUCCCUCCUCCCCAUCCCGCGGUUCCUCCCCCUUCUCCCCCAUUCCGCGGUUCCUCCCCCUUCUCCCCCAUCCCGCGCCCGCCGCAUCGAACGCAAACGCGCUGCUGUCUCUGCGCGCGGAGUAGAACUUCACUGCAUCUGCAUCGCGCACGCCCAAGGCGCCCUGUUCCUUUCUCCCCACCCUUCCUCCUUCUUCCCCCGCCCCCCAACCCUCCCCCUCCACCUGCGCCCCCCAGGGGCCGCGCUGCUGUCACUGCGCGCCGAGCUCAACUUCACAGUGCCUGUCUCGCGCACGCCCAAGGGGCUGUGGAGGUCCCGGGAGAGCUGCGAUGACCUGUACGGGGUGGGGUGCGACGAGUAUGGCAGCGUGACCUCCCUUCUCCUUUACAGCGUCACAGGCACUCUCCCCACUACAAUCGGCAAUCUCACUGCUCUCACCACCCUCUCGGUCUCCUCCAACCUCUCCUGUCCGCUCCCACCCGCCCUAGCCACUCUAACCGCGCUGGUCAAUCUGCAUCUCGGCCGCAACAACCUCUCCUGCUCGCUGCCUCCCUGGCUCACCACGCUCUCGAAGCUCAAGAUUCUGAGCAUAGAGUGGAACAAGCUCACGGGCAGCAUCCCGGCAGGCAUCUCCGCACUCUCCUCGCUCUCCGCACUGCGAGCGGACUACAACCUUCUCACCGGCUCCAUCCCAGCUGUUAUCGGCAAGCUCACUAACCUAACCCAACUGGAUCUCUCCCGCAACCUCCUCUCAGGCUCCAUCCCUGAAGGCAUCUCUUCUUUGCAAGAACUCUCCUCGCUGCUACUCAAUGGCAACUCCUUCCAAGGGCCCAUCCCAUCCGCCCUCUCCUCCCUCGCCUCUCUCUACGAAAUAGACCUGUCGGCCAAUCAGCUGUCGGGAACUCUCCCUCCCAUCUUCACCAGCGCCAUGCCUGACGUCAGCAUCAUCCGCUUGAGUCGGAAUCAACUGCACGGCCUCUUGCCACCGUCACUAACGACCUGCUCUCUGCUGCACACGCUUGACAUUGCUGCGAAUGCCUUCACGGGUGCCCCCGCCACCCUCAUCAGCCGCCUCUCCUCCCUUGUGGAACUCUAUUCUCAACAAUCUCUUGAGUCGAUUCAAAAGUCAGCAACCCCUUUCUCCCCCCUUCUCCCCCUUCCAGCAGCAACCCCUCAGGCGACUUCCCUAGCUGCUUCUCCCCUCCUCACUCACUCCCAGUUCCUUCCCUCUUUCCCUUCCCCCUUUCCCCCCCACCAGCAACGUAUCACGCAACUACUUCACGGGCCCCCUCCCCACGCUCCCCUCGGCCGCCGCCCUCCUCUCUCUCGACCUCUCCUCCAACUUCUUCUUCGGUCCCGCCGUUCCCCUCGAUGCCUCCGGCGCCCCCAUCUGCCCCUCGCUCUCCCUCACUCUCCCCCCUUCUCCCACCUUCUCCCCCUUCCAGCAGCAACCUCUCAGGCAACAUCUCUAGCUCCUUCUCCCCUCCCUCACUCACUCCCAGUUCCUUCCCUCUUUCCCUUCCCCCUUUCCCCCCACACCAGCAACCUAUCACGCAACUACUUCACGGGUCUCCUCCCCACGCUCCCCUCCGUCACCUCCCUCCUCUCUCUCGACCUCUCCUCCAACUUCUUCUUCGGUCCCGCCGUUCCCCUCGAUGCCUCCGGCGCCCCCAUCUGCCCCUCGCUCUCCCUCACCGUCCGCACCGCCUACAACUGCCUCACCUUUGACGCUUCCGUCUGCGAUGCUGGUGAUGGUGGUGGCAGUGGUGGUGCUGGUGAUGGGGCUGUUGCGACUAGAAGCGCUGGCAUGAUGAGCAGCAGCGGUGGUGGUGGUGGUGGUGAUGUUUUCAACGUUCGAAUCAGCAGUAUGGGGGAUCCUGGUAGCAGCAGCGCCAGCGUUACUGCUCAAAGCAUUCACACCAGCAGCAGCGCCAUUAGCAGCAGCAGAGCCAGUGCUGCUGACGAAGAGAGGGCGGGCUUUCUAGGUCACAAGGAGAGGGCGGAGAUGGUAGGGCGUGAGGAGAAGAGGAGAGAAUCACAUCCUUCUCAUACCACCACCACUGCUAACCUUAUUACCUCCUCUCCUCAUGUCCUCGCCUCUGUGCCCUCCCGUGAACACAGUGUGGGAGGGGACUUGUCUGGACACAAGGAGAGGGCGGAGAUGGUAGGGCGGGAAGAGGAGAAGAGGGAACGGCAGCCAGGGUCUAGCGCUGAUGCCACCAGUGCUCAUCUGAUAGCAACUCUUGAGUCGCCUCAGCAGCAGCAACGCACUCAUGCCACCGCUGCUGACCUUGAAGCUUCCUCUCCUCCUGUCCACUCCUCCCUGCCAUCGUAUGAAGAACAAUUGCCUCUUGAGUCGACUCAAAAGUCAACUCAUGCCACCACUGCUGACCUGGAAGCUUCCUCUCGUCAUGUCCGCUCCUCUCUGCGUUCGUAUGACGAACAAUUGCGUGCCGCUUUUCUCGGGCACAGGGAGAGAGCGGAGAUGGUAGGGCGUGAGGAGAAAGAGCAGCAGAAGCAGCAGGCAGCACCUUUGGAGGCGCAUGAGGGGGAGAUGACCUCUGGUGCUGCCACUGCUGGCCAUCUCGCCUCACAAGAAGACGAAGGAAGGCUAGACUUCCCAGGGCGCAGGGAGAGGGCGGAGAUGCUGGGGCGUGGAGGGGAGCAGCAGGAGCAGCGGGAGCAGCGGGAGCAGCGGGAGCAGCGGGAGCAGCAGGCAGUAGGAUCUGAGGCGUAUCAGGGGGAGAUGACCUCUGGUGGUGACCUUGCCCAUGCAGUCACCCACGAAGAUGAGGACAGAGCUGCUUUUUCAGGGCACAGGGAGAGGGCGGAGAUGCUAGGGAGUGAAGAGGAGGAGCAGCAGGAACGGCAGGCUGUGCAGUCAGUGGUACCACAGGAGCAGAGCUCUGGUGCUGUGCUCGGCCGUGCGGCAUCGCAUGAAGAGGAAGAGGGGAUACCAAGGGUUGGACACAUGGGCCUCUCGGGGCACAGGGAGAGAUUGGAGAUGGUAGGGCGUGGAGGGGAGGAGCAGCGGGAAAAGCAGGCAGUGCUGUCGGUGGUACCAGAGGAGCAGAGCCCUGGUGCUGUGCUCGGCCGUGCGGCAUCGCAUGAAGAGGGAAGGGGAGAAGGAACUGGGUUUCGUGGAGGGAACAGAGACGGCUUUCACGCACACACCGAUGGCCAUGCCCAUGCGACGCAUGCGCAAGUGGCGUCUCACGAAGUUGACAAGAGGGCGUCUCACGAGGGGGACAAGAGGGCGAUUGUUCUGGGACACAGCCACGACCACGCAAGUGGCGCUUCGCAUGCCUCUCAUGUGCUGCCCUCUGAAGGCGAGGAGCGGGCGGUGUUAUUCGGACAUCUCCACGCCCACGGGUCGCACGUGCAUGUGGCGUCGAAUGAAGGCGAUUCGUUGCCUGCGUCAGGGCAGAGAGAGAAGGAGGAGGAGACUACGGGGCAGGGGCUUCACCUCACUCACCCACCACCACACACACAAGUGUCGCACGUGCGUGCCUCGUCCCAUGAAGGCAAUUCUCCGCUGGUAUCAGGGCAGAGAGAGACGGAGGACGAGGGGGUGGUGGGGCAUAGGCAUCGUCGCCCCUCCCACCUGUCGCAUGCGCAUGUGUCGUCUCAUCACGGCGACGCACUGGCGCAGCCAGGGCACAGAGAGAGGGCGGAGGUGGAGAUGGGGCACAGGAGACGGUGGAAACGGCAACAAGCCGCUUCCGAGGCAACUCGGAAUUUCCCCGAGACGACUAUGUUUGAGACGGCUUCCCAGGGUUCAGUGGGACAUGGUGUUGGAGAAGAGAAGGGUUCCCAGAGAGUGAGACACAGAGAGAGGAUGGAAACGUUGGGGCAUGAGAGGAAGCAGGCGUCCUCUGCUCCUCUUGCAAAUGAGGAGGAGGGUUCAUUCGGGCAUGGCGAGAGGAGAGGGUUGGUGGGGCAUGAGAGGAAUCAGGCGGCCUCUGCUCCUGUCCUCUCCCAUCCGGCUUCCCUUGCAGAUGAGGAAGAGGAGGGUUUGUUCGGGCAUAGCGAGAGGAUGGGGUUGGUGGGGCAUGAGGGGAAGCGGAGGAAGCAGCAGAUGGGGAUUCAAUUAGAGGGGACGCGGCUAGAGGGAUGGAGAUUAGAGGGGAUGCGGCAGGGGAGGAUGAGCGUGAUUCAACAGCAGCGGCCCACCUCCCAGUGCCUCAGCUUCUGUGGAACGAGCUUCAGCCCACUUGGGAAUGGUGUGGGCUCGCAAUCCCUCAACUCCCUCAACGCCCAGUGUGGGAAUGGUGCUGGCACGUGCCUGGCUACGGUCACGUACCCUCCUCCCCCUCCUGCGGCUACCAUAGGGGGCGCUGGAGCGGGGAAAAGGGCGGGGGCGGGGGGGAAGCAGCAGCAGCAGCAGCAGCAGCAGCAGCAGGCGCAGGUGGUGUUUGGGUGCACGUGCCCUUCCUCGAGAUAUGUGCUGUCUGCUGAUCGCAUGACGUGCACUCUGAAAGUUGUUGUGAGUGCUGCAGUUGUUGUGAGUGCUGCAUGUGUUGUGUGUGCUGCAGUUGUUGUGUGUGCUGCAUGUGUUGUGUGUGCUGCAGUUGUUGUGAGUGCUGCAUGUGUUGUGUGUGCUGCAGUUGUUGUGAGUGCUGCAUGUGUUGUGUGUGCAGCAGUUUUUGUGAGUGCUGCAUGUGUUGUGUGUGCUGCAUGUGUUGUGUGUGCUGCAGUUGUUGUGAGUGCUGCAUUUGUUGUGUGUGCUGCAGUUGUUGUGAGUGCUGCAUGUGUUGUGUGUGCUGCAGUUGUUGUGAGUGCUGCAUGUGUUGUGUGUGCUGCAGUUGUUGUGAGUGCUGCAUGUGUUGUGAGUGCUGCAGUUGUUGUGAGUGCUGCAUGUGUUGUGUGUGCUGCAUGUGUUGUGAGUGCUGCAGUUGUUGUGAGUGCUGCAUGUGUUGUGUGUGCUGCAGUUGUUGUGUGUGCUGCAUGUGUUGUGUGUGCUGCAGUUGUUGUGAGUGCUGCAUGUGUUGUGUGUGCUGCAGUUGUUGUGAGUGCUGCAUGUGUUGUGUGUGCUGCAGUUUUUGUGAGUGCUGCAUGUGUUGUGUGUGCUGCAGUUGUUGUGAGUGCUGCAUGUCUUGUGUGUGCUGCAUGUGUUGUGAGUGCUGCAUGUGUUGUGUGUGCUGCAGUUUUUGUGAGUGCUGCAUGUGUUGUGUGUGCUGCAGUUGUUGUGAGUGCUGCAUGUGUUGUGUGUGCUGCAGUUGUUGUGAGUGCUGCAUGUGUUGUGUGUGCUGCAGUUGUUGUGAGUGCUGCAUGUGUUGUGUGUGCUGCAGUUGUUGUGAGUGCUGCAUGUGUUGUGUGUGCUGCAGUUGUUGUGAGUGCUGCAUGUGUUGUGUGUGCUGCAGUUGUUGUGAGUGCUGCAUGUGUUGUGUUGCUGUUGCUCCUCGAGAUACCAAGCCCUCCGCCACCACCCCAGCCACCUUCGCCCCCCUCUCCUCCUUCUCCCCCACCCUCCCCACCCUUUCCCCCUCCAUCCCCACCCUCCCCACCCUUUCCCCCUCCUUCCCCACCCUCUCCACCUUCCCCAACCUCCCCUCCUCCUCCCACCCCCACCCCUCCAGCGCCUCCCACUCCGUCCCCUCCUUCCCCUCCACCCUCCCUCACUGUCUCUCCUCCUCCGCCUCUCUCACCUCCCCCACCAUCCCCCCCCUCCCUCCCCUCCGCCACACUCAACCCCCCUCCACCUCCUCAGUCCCAGCCCCCCCCCUCACCUCCCCCUCCCCCCCUCCCUCCCGGAGCAACAGCUGCAGCAACUCCUCCCGUUCCCCCUCCACCCUUCCCCCCAUCACCUCCCCUCGUUGCCUCACCUCCCCUCUCUGCCUCCCCUCCCCUCUCUGCCUCCCCUCCCUUCUUCCCUCCCCUGCCACCAUCUCUACCACUCCCACCCUCCCCUCCCAACACGCCCAAUGCACCACCCGCCCUCGCUCCUAUCUCAUCCCCCUCUCUUGCUCCUAUCUCACCCCCCUCCCUUGCUCCUAACUCAUCACCCUCCCCACCUUCUCCUCCUCUCCCUCCCCCCCUCUCCUCCUGA